AUGGCCUCUGUCUCCCAGCUCUCCUGCAUCUACUCCGCCCUCAUCCUGCACAACGAUGAGGUGACAGUCACGGAGGAUAAGAUCAAUGCCCUCAUUCAAGCAGCUGGUGUCAAUGUUGAACCUUUCUGGCCUGGCUUGUUUGCAAAGGCCCUGGCCAGUGUCAAUAUUGGGAGCCUCAUAUGCAAUGCAGGGACUGGUGGGCCUUCUCCAUCAGCUGGAUCUGCACCAGUAGGCCGCCCUGCCCCCUCCACUGCUGCUGCCCCAGCUGAGGAGAAGAAAGUAGAAGCAAAGAAGGAAGAAUCUGAGGAGUCUGAUGACAACAUGGGCUUUGGUCUUUUUUACUAA